AUGAGGAAAUUUUGUGAUAAUGCAAAAGGGUUGAAAGCCUUCUACGAUGCAAUAAAAUAUGGACCGAACCACUUGAUGGUGUUUGGAGGAGUCUGUCCAUCCGUUACGUCCAUCAUUGCGGAGUCCCUCCAAGGCUGGAAUCUGGUGCAGCUUUCCUUUGCUGCGACCACGCCCGUCCUAGCCGAUAAGAAAAAAUACCCUUAUUUCUUUCGGACUGUCCCAUCAGAUAAUGCGGUGAAUCCAGCCAUCCUGAAGUUGCUCAAGCAUUACCAGUGGAAGCGAGUGGGCACGCUGACCCAAGACGUGCAGAGGUUCUCUGAGGUGAGGAACGACCUGACUGGGGUUCUGUAUGGUGAGGAUAUCGAGAUUUCGGACACUGAGAGCUUCUCCAACGACCCCUGCACCAGUGUCAAAAAGCUUAAGGGCAAUGACGUGAGGAUCAUCCUCGGCCAGUUUGACCAGAAUAUGGCAGCAAAAGUGUUCUGUUGUGCAUAUGAGGAGAACAUGUAUGGUAGCAAAUACCAGUGGAUCAUCCCGGGCUGGUAUGAGCCUUCGUGGUGGGAGCAGGUGCGCACAGAAGCCAACUCAUCCCGUUGUCUCCGGAAGAAUCUGCUUGCUGCCAUGGAGGGCUACAUCGGCGUGGACUUCGAGCCCCUGAGCUCCAAGCAGAUCAAGACCAUCUCAGGAAAGACGCCACAGCAGUAUGAGAGAGAGUACAACAACAAGCGGUCAGGCGUGGGGCCCAGCAAGUUCCACGGGUAUGCCUACGAUGGCAUCUGGGUUAUCGCCAAGACGCUGCAGAGGGCCAUGGAGACGCUGCACGCCAGCAGCCGGCACCAGCGGAUCCAGGAUUUCAACUACACGGACCACACACUGGGCAGGAUCAUCCUCAAUGCCAUGAAUGAGACGAACUUCUUCGGGGUCACGGGUCAAGUUGUGUUCCGGAAUGGGGAGAGAAUGGGGACCAUUAAAUUUACUCAAUUUCAAGAUAGCAGGGAGGUGAAGGUGGGAGAGUACAACGCUGUGGCUGACACACUGGAGAUCAUCAACGACACUAUCAGGUUCCAAGGAUCCGAGCCACCAAAAGACAAGACCAUCAUCCUGGAGCAGCUCCGAAAGAUCUCCCUACCUCUCUACAGCAUCCUCUCUGCCCUCACCAUCCUGGGGAUGAUCAUGGCCAGCGCUUUUCUCUUCUUCAACAUCAAGAAUCGGAAUCAGAAGCUGAUAAAGAUGUCCAGUCCGUAUAUGAACAACCUCAUUAUCCUCGGAGGGAUGCUCUCCUAUGCAUCGAUAUUUCUCUUUGGCCUUGAUGGAUCCUUUGUGUCUGAAAAGACCUUUGAAACACUUUGCACCGUCAGGACCUGGAUUCUCACCGUGGGCUACACAACCGCCUUUGGGGCAAUGUUUGCAAAGACAUGGAGGGUCCACGCCAUCUUCAAAAAUGUGAAAAUGAAGAAGAAGAUCAUCAAGGACCAGAAGCUGCUGGUGAUUGUUGGGGGCAUGCUGCUGAUCGACUUGUGCAUCCUGAUUUGCUGGCAGGCUGUAGAUCCUCUGAGGAGGACGGUGGAGAGGUACAGCAUGGAGCCGGACCCAGCAGGACGAGACAUCUCUAUCCGCCCACUCCUGGAGCACUGUGAGAACACCCACAUGACCAUCUGGCUUGGCAUCGUCUAUGCCUACAAGGGGCUUCUCAUGUUGUUCGGUUGUUUCCUGGCUUGGGAGACGCGCAACGUCAGCAUCCCUGCCCUCAAUGACAGCAAGUACAUUGGGAUGAGUGUCUACAAUGUGGGGAUCAUGUGCAUCAUCGGGGCCGCCGUCUCCUUCCUGACCCGGGACCAGCCCAACGUGCAGUUCUGCAUCGUUGCCCUGGUCAUCAUCUUCUGCAGCACCAUCACCCUCUGCCUGGUGUUCGUGCCCAAGCUCAUCACUCUGAGAACAAACCCAGAUGCAGCAACCCAGAACAGGCGAUUCCAGUUCACUCAGAAUCAGAAGAAGGAAGAUUCUAAAACGUCCACCUCAGUCACCAGCGUGAACCAAGCAAGCACGUCCCGCCUGGAGGGCCUGCAGUCUGAAAACCAUCGCCUUCGAAUGAAGAUCACCGAGCUGGAUAAAGACUUGGAAGAGGUCACUAUGCAGCUGCAGGAUACACCAGAAAAGACCACCUACAUUAAACAGAACCACUACCAAGAACUCAACGACAUCCUCAACCUUGGGAACUUCACUGAGAGCACAGAUGGGGGAAAGGCCAUUUUAAAAAACCACCUCGAUCAAAAUCCCCAGCUACAGUGGAACACAACAGAGCCCUCUCGAACAUGCAAAGAUCCUAUAGAAGAUAUAAACUCCCCAGAACACAUCCAGCGCCGGCUGUCCCUCCAGCUCCCCAUCCUCCACCACGCCUACCUGCCGUCCAUCGGAGGCGUGGACGCCAGCUGCGUCAGCCCCUGCGUCAGCCCCACCGCCAGCCCCCGCCACAGACACGUGCCACCCUCCUUCCGAGUUAUGGUCUCUGGCCUGUAG